UUUAAACGUUUUGGAAAUUUUCCAAAACUGGUUUUGCCAUUGGACGUGACACUCUGUUAAAUAUAAUAGGGGCUUUCAAAGAACCUUGUUCGAGAAUUUUCAAAACUAAUUUUGAAUACUUUUCGUGUUUCUUUCAGUGAUUUGACCUGUUCCGAAGUACCGUCAAAUUCUAUCCUGCACCCAUGUUAAUGCCACGCUAUAUGGGCCUAAACGAUAGCUCCUCGUCGUCUGGCAACCGCGGUCCCACAGCCACCAUCACCAGCUCCAGUUCAAACUCCAGCUUGGGCUCCCCGCCCACCACAGUGGCAGCCCAUACAAAGAUGCGACUGCUGAGCAAAGUGGAGCACAACAUGCGUCAGAGCCAAGGUCAGAGCGGGCAGGACAUCAACAGCCUGCUGCACACGGCGUCCACAGGCAACGGCGUUGUGGGCGAUGUCGACGGCCUCCUGACGCCCAUGCGCAUUAAGGCCCAUGUAUCGCCGCCCCCGUCCUCUGGCAACUUGAGCGGGAGCUCCUCCGGAAAAUGCGACUCCUCCCUGCAGGGCAGCACUCGGCCGGAACGCAACCUGUGGAGUCGUGCCGAAAUGCUGGAGAUGCUUAAUAUUAUGCAAGACAUGAACGCCCUGGAGCAGCUGAACGAUCGGAAUCAGAAGAGUGAGAAUGUGUUCCGUCAAAUCGAAGAAGUGAUGCGCAGCAAGGGCUACGUAAAGAAGUCUGGAAUACAGAUCUGGACUAAGUGGAAGUUCCUGAAGUCUACGUACAAUACUACCACGCGCCACGGCACUGGGAUACCAAAGGUGGUCCCGGAGGAGGUCUACAGAGUGCUCUGCCGUAUGCUAAGUGGAUCACGCCGCAGUGGGAGUCACAGCAAUAACGUUAGUGCCAGCCUAAGCGAAGGCGGGAAUUCGAUGGACAGCUCCAAGACGCUUGGCGAGGAAUCUAAGGAGGACAUCCUCGGCGUAGAGCAUCCCAUCUUUGGCUUUCGACUGGGGCCCAUAAAACCUGAACCAAUUGAUACAGGCUACGAGAAUCCGAUGAAAUCGGAUAUGGUAUCGGAACCAGACAUGGAUGGCUUUGAUUAUGGUCACGAAGGGAACGGUGAUGGCACUCAGGCUGACAGUCAUGACCAGGAGGAAGUUCCCCAUCUGCCAUUUAUUGUUUCCGUGAAGCACGAGCCAGAUAUGGACUUGGGAAUGGAUGAAACCAAUACGCCACCGCCGACAGCACCGGCCUCGCCAUCGCCUCCGCCUGGUGAAUUGGAAGAUCCCGAUGGUGAUCCUGUUUAUACCUCAACGCCGAUGCCACCUCUGAGAGUGGCCUCCUUCGCCAAGGAUGAAGCCAGUCGUCCCAGCCACGGCAUUUUGCAGAUCGACAGACCGCCUCCUACGCUAACGAAGAUGGGCCGGAUGGCUAGUCCAUCCCUGAUGAGUCGCUCACUACCGCUUCAAAACACAAAUAACAUAAACUUUGUUCACCCUACUAGCAAGCUGAUGCUACCCCGCAAACAGAACUCGAGCCAAUCUGGUCUGAGACUACCCAGAGAUGUUAAUGUCCAGCCGUCGGGAAUGCGCAUGAAGACUGUGCCGAUGAGGGAGCCGGCUUACCCCCAUCGUCCUGAGCGUAUGGCCUCCGAUCUGGAACAUCCCAUGACCAGUCCACCUCACUCGCCAACAUUGCUGCAAACCCAUCUCAACCGAGGUCCGCCACCCAAGUACCCAACUCACGGCCAACAGAUGGGCCCCUCCACAAGUAGACAAGCCCAUUUAAUGUCCACCCACCAGUUGACUCCGCACCAACAUCAACAAUUGCAGACACGCAAACGCCGAAUGGAACAGAGUCCACCAAUCGGGAUGCCAGUUCCAGUGAAACUGCAGCGCAGCUCGACACUGUACGACUCCAAUCGCAAAGGAAAUCGUGCAAUUGCACCUGCCAUGAGUGACGAAGGGAAAUCGAAACCUAGCGAAGAGGAUUCCAAGCGACGCACUAAGGAGCAUGAGGAGCUUUUCGCAAAGGAGCUGACCCAGUUGGCAAAUGCGAUGCGCGUGGCCCAAAAGGAAAUGUUAGGGGACUUCUUUAAGCAACAGAAGGAGUUUGCGCGUCGGGAGCACGAAUUCCAGAUGAAACAAGAUUCGAUGGUGAUGAGGGCACUACGGAAACAGACAAACUUGCUGAUAAAAACCGCCAAGGACCUGGUUGGUGGCGAUACGAAGGUCUUGGAUAGUAAAUUGGAGGAUAAGGAAGAAUCCAUUCCAGAAACCCACAUGUCUUUUGAGCCAGAAACUCAGUUGGCAACUCGAAGAACAGACCACAAGGAAAUUAGAGACGAAAUGUUAGAUGCUCAUACAGAAGAUGAUGGCGAUGAUACUAUGGUGGAUUCCCAAUAUAUUGACGAAGAGGAGGACGAGGACGAGAGUGACGACGAGGAGGAAGAUGGGGAGAACCUGGUGGGCGAGUUUGAUCCCGAAAUGUCUCCACUGGCUCUAUCUGGCACAGCUCCAAGUGAAGACUAUUCUACCCACGGUGAUGGACAUGACAACCAUUAGAUGGCACUCCCUCACCACUUAUCCCAUCUUUAAGUAUUAUUUAAAAAGACAGACAUCAUUGUUGAUACCGAUUCAUUCCAAUCGCAUUCCUUAAUAUGUACUAUAUAUAUAGCACACCCGCGCAUUGUUAAAAGACUUGAUUAAACUUAAGCAUUAUUACAUAAACAAAACCUAACAUUAAAUUAAA